AACCCUGCUUUCCUUCGCCCAACCUUCGCCGCCCCGCUCGUGAUCCCCUUCUCCGGCGUAAGGAAGAUGUCUUCCUCUAGUGCGACCGUAUCUGCCAACACGGCGCCCUUCGAGAAACUCCCACCAAUCAUUGUCCAGCUCUUUGAGGCUAAAGCUAAGAAAGAUUUGACUUUCGAAGAGAUCUCGAAGGCUAUUGGGCGCGACGAGGUGUGGACUGCAGCUCUGUUCUACGGCCAGGCUAAGGGCUCGCCUGAGGAUCUCAAGGCUCUUGCUGAAAUCCUUGAAAUCCCACACACGAACGUUGAUGCGGAGAUUGGGGCACACUGGUUCCCACAGCGUGGGUUGGGGCCUGUCCCACCAACGGACCCUGUGAUUUAUCGUCUCUUCGAGGGCAUUCUCGUUUACGGCCAGGCUCUCAAAGCCAUUAUUCAUGAGAAGUUUGGCGACGGGAUCAUGUCGCUCAUCGAUUGUAAAGUCCAUGUCGAGAGGAAGCCGGACCCUAAGGGUGAUCGCGUCGUCGUCACUUUCGAUGGGAAGUUCUUGCCUUAUCUCAAGUGGUAAAACUUCGUAUGUACAAUCGAUCUUUCCUCCAGAAAUUGUAUAUCUUUCCUCCGGAAAUUGUAUAAGUAGUCGCAGAUGGAAUGCAAUGGGAUUUUAUUCCUGUCUCUACUCCGCGCAAUAACCGUGCAUAGACCUGGUUCACACCAACCAAGAUGGAGGUAGUUAUGGUCGAAGGAUAGGAUGGAUAUAAUCGAGGAUGCUGGAUGGAGGUGGCGCACACAUCUGGAACAAUUCUGUCGGUAGUUCAUGUGGUCUUAAGCAAAGAUAUGAUGCGAUUCC